AUGAAGGCGUUUUUCGACAAGGCGAAGAAGAAGAUCGAGGCCGAGAUCGCGGCCAUCACGGGCGACGAUGACGAGCCCCGACCGGCGCCUCCGCCGCCCCAGAACCAGCCGUAUCAGCAAGCUCCGCCGCCUCAGGGGUUCGAACGGGCCGUGUUUGCUCACUUCAUGUUGAGUAACACGUGCGAAUACACGGUGGACGAGUACAAGGUCGACAUUGGCCUCGCUCAGGAGGCUCAUAUUGAUGGGUUCGUGGUCAACUUUGGCAUCCACGAGGAGGCAGUCGCCAAGCUCCCGGAGUUCUUCUUUGCAGCCGAGCAAACUGGGUUCAAGCUGCUGUUGUCCUUCGACUAUGAAGGAGCCGGAGCAUGGCCCAAAGAGAGGGUUAUCGAGAUGCUCAAUCGGUUCGGCCCCUCUCCCGCUUACUUCAAGCGUGGCUGGCAACCCGUUGUCUCGACCUUCGAAGGCACUGGCAACGCGGCAGACUGGCACGACAUCAAGGCGGCGACGGGCUGUUUCUUCAUGCCCUCGUUCUCAUCCAUCGGAGCUCAAAACGCCAUGAACACCGGCGUGACGGACGGCCUCUUCAGUUGGUCCGCAUGGCCUGACGGCAACCGGCGAAAGAUGGACCCCGGAUUGGACGCUUCAUACCGCCAUUUCCUGGGAAACAAGCCAUACAUGGUGGCCGUGUCUCCUUGGUUCUACACCAAUCUCCCGACCUGGAACAAGAACUGGGCAUGGAAGAGUGACGAUCUUUGGAACGAUCGAUGGAACGAGAUUCUCCAGAUGAGGCCGGAAUACGUACAGAUUAUCUCGUGGAACGAUUUCGGAGAGUCCCACUACAUUGGUCCUCUCCACGAGAAGCAGUUCGGCGCGUUCGAGUAUGGAAAGGCGCCGUUCAACUACGUGCGAGACAUGCCGCACGAUGGCUGGCGGUUGCUCUUACCUUUCCUCAUCGACCUCUACAAAUACGGCCAUGCCACGAUCAACCGCGAAGGGCUAGUGACCUGGUACCGCAUACAUCCUGGCCACGCCGGUGACAGCGGAGGUACGACGGGUAACACCCCAAGCCACGGUCAGGAGCUGUUCCAUCCGGCAGAGAUCCUGGAGGAUAAGGUCGUAUACUCUGCGCUUCUCACAGGACCCGCCUCUGUGACGGUCAGCAUCGGCGGAGUUCCUCAGGAAGGAUCAUGGGACGACGACGGGGUGCCCCAGGGUGGUGUUGGCGUCUAUCACGGCAGCGUCCCUUACAACGGCAGGCUGGGUGAGGUGGUGGUGACUAUUCACCGUGAAGGGAACGUCGUUGCGCAAGUUCAAGGGCGGCCCAUCACGGAGGAGUGCACCGAGGGAAUCAACAAUUGGAAUGCUUGGGUCGGAGGCGCUCAUUCACCGAUGGGAACCCAUGCUGUUGCGCAUCUUGGUUGA